AUGAAACCGUUAAUCACACAACUGGAUUAUAAUACGGUAGAAGGACUGGCGCCGUUGGUAAAUCAAUCAUUCCGGCUCGGCGGAGAAUUUAAGUACAAGAUAAGUAUCGGUGGAUUUCUCAAUGACAAGAAAACGGAGAUUCCAGACUUCCAGCAUUUCAAUGCGGCUUGUACUAAGCGAGACGUGGCUAUACAUGAAGACUACUGGCUUUCACGGGAAAGGGGAGAAGUAGUAUAUAGUGACAGCUAUUGUAACUACUAUGUUGUCGAAACGGCGUCAGGUUACACGUUGAUCAGGGCCUACGGCAGCUAUAAACCUUAUGAAGGCAGUAUCGUUUAUGGUGAUUUUAGCUAUACUGGAACAAGUGAUAUGUAUAAUCGUUCUUCCGGUGUCGUAUUCACCGGCACAGUUACCGAUUAUUGGUUGAGUUAUUACGAGGCCCAGGACCUGAUCGAUUACUACUGCCCAUUGCCCUAUGAGAAGAUUUCGGUGAAUCUUGGCAAGCGAAAAACUAUUACCGAAGAAGACAUUGAAGAGUUUGUCGGGCUGCAGUCAGCGAUUGCGAAAAAAGAUGUGCCCAAAGCUAUCCGUAUUAUUCAGUACUUCGAAGCAAAUCCCAAGGCGGCGCCCAUCCAGUUUAUUUUGCCUUCCCUCUACGGAUUCUUCAGUAAAGUCUUCAUGGUUCAUGGCGCCGGAGCCACCGAUGAGAAGGGGGUAGCCGCAGCGAUCGGAGUGAAUCCUUUUUUUGCGAAAGAUUACCUGCAGGCCGCACGAACGUUUGACUACGCAGGGGUGGAGAAAAUACUCCUGUUACUGCAUACCUAUAACAUGAAAAGUCUCGGAGUAAACAGCACCGGGGUAGAAGACGCUUCCCUGUUAAAAGAAAUGGUUAUCAAAAUGGCGGGGUAG